CGUAAUUCAUAACAGACUAGGAAGAGGGAAACAACGGGGGUAUGGACAAAAUUUAAUUGACCCCUUAAAAAAGAAUGUUACCACUAUAAUGCUAGUAUUUCUCAAUCUAAUGGCUAUUUCCUGGUUAAGGAAAUCAUAAGCAUUAAGUGGCCCCAACUUACACGUAUUUAAGAAUUUUCAGUCGCAUUGAUCAGAUCAGAGGGGACAAUGGCACAGGACGAUAGUUCUUCCCGUUGCUUAAAUAACGAGAAAUGUUCGAAAAUUCUCAAGGGAAAACGAAUACGACGCUCCUUUAUCAUUUCGUUUGCCGUAAACGUGUUCUUUUUGGGUGUGGUGUUUUGCUGGGUGGUUCUUCAGAUUGUCGGGGACCAUCGAGACCACAGGGAUGACACCCAAGGGCCGACACCUGCGCCCUCUCUCCCCGAGGACUCGUUCUAUUCCUGUUCUCCGUGUAAACCCAUGAUGAGGGCUGAUGAUGCUGACACAAUGAGGCUCGCCACGGGGAAUUCCUCCUUUGUAUGCUGUAAACGAAUAAGUCAAGAUGUCAAAUUAGAGGAACCUAACACAGGGCAGUUGCUUGAGGAAUGUCAGGCCAAAAGGGGCACUGAUGAGGGCACAGUUGGAGCACUUAUGUACAUCAACCUUACACAAUCACAAUGCACUUCAGGUCUGCAUUGGAUGCUGAGUGGAGGCACCUCUUAUAUGAAAGGGGGAGUAGUGUAUGAGGACUCUACACAUUAUGGCAAACUGACCGUCCCUAGUGACGGGGUGUAUGCAGUCUACAGCUACAUACAGUUCGAUUCCUACACAAGUAAUAGUAAAUUAGACCGUCCAAAGCCGGAAAUGCACGUGUUGUACAAAAAUGGCGACCAGCUGGUUCAAAUGAACAAGUUCAUGCUAAGGAAACACAUUUACAUCACCAGUCAAGUGGGACCGAUUUUGGUGGAGUUGAAGGCCAGAGAUUCGAUCCAUGUUGCUGUGGGUUCAAUGGGCGGGUUUAUUCACAACAAUCCUCAGUCCAGCGUUGUCGGGCUAUAUAAGUUAUAAAUCACGAGAACAACACUAGGAAAAGCAGUGUGAAACCAAACUUGAAGUUGAGAAUAUUACUUACGCAGAAACAGAAACAUAUUGGUCUUUAUAACGAUCUGGCUACAAGAAACUAAAGUUUUAAGGAAAGAGCCUUCUCAUUAUCAGACAUAUUUCUGAGAUAAAGAAGUUCAUGAAAUUUUUACUUAGUCAAACAGAUCAUUUAACACUUACAGAAUGAUCGUAUCAGUCUAAUCAAAGUUGACCAUCGUGUUUUCAGAUCAAGGUCACUAGCUUUUUUAUCAAUGUUUAGGAUAAUAAAAAUGAAUGUAGUCACCUGCAGUUAUAUAGACAUCUGUUUAAGAUAUGAAGUUUCUAUUCUUUAAUGUAAUGUAAUGCGAUAAUAUUAGAAUGCCUAUCAGCUUAUACUACUAAAUUGAAAUAUACAUUUAAACUGAAUUGAUAGAUAUUCCUUGGCCCGCAUUUCCUCCAAUUUUUCUUAAAUUUUGAAGAUAUUUUAAUUAUUUUUCUAUGCUUUCAAUAUUAAAAUAUUUCUGAUAUUUAAAUAUCUUAAAGGGAUAAAUUGACAUAUAAGCGAAUACAUUGACCAUUUUAUAAGAGAAAAAUCCGAUUUACUUAAAAAAGCAAAUUAAAAUGUAAUUUGAUGGGCAAAUCAUGUUUUAAAAACAAAUUCUUAGACCCGAGUAUCAUUUCAUAAGUUCAUGGUAGUUUUAAAAGCCUAGUACAUUCAUGUAAUUAUUUUGAAAAUGCUAAAUAGACUCAUGAAAUUUACAGUAAUUUUUAAUUGCUAAAACAUAUGAUAUUUUCCUGCGCCAAUGUUCCUCCAAAAAUAUAGUCCUUGUUAGAUUCUGAACUUUGAUUUCUAUUUUCUAGGCCAAGUUGUAUAAUACUAGUAAUAAAAAAGAAAGAAAAAUA